UGAAGACUUUUAUGAAAUAUUAACAAUUACCAAUAUGAGUCAACCCCAACCUUUAAUAACUCAAACCGCUAACAUUACUCUAAAUUCAAAUCCAUCUUUUAAUAAUCUUACUGCUGAACAAAAAUACGAAAUUUUAACUAAAGGUACUACUGACUUGUUCGGUAGUGCACAAGAAAUAGAAAAUCAAACAGUUCCUCAAUUCCCGACCGAUAUUCUUUCUGGAUCAUCUUUUCGUUAA